AUGAAGUUCACCUGUCCGUCUGGGAUUUUCUUUGUCAUCAUUGCUGCUGCUACCGCUUUGGAAAGGGCAACAAUAGCAGCAGUGAACACUCGCGCAGAAUGCAGCAUUGGUGCUGGCAGCACUGACGACCACAGCAGCCCCCACAGCUGCAGCCUUCCAUAUAAUGAGGAUGACACGAGUGCCCUGAGGAACCUGGAGGCGUAUACUGCGUUGCUGGAGGAAAGGAUACUGCAGCACGAGCGGCAGCAGCAACAGAAUACAUUCUUUAUUUUCUUGGCUGUUGGAAUCUGUGUGGGCGUUGUAAUUAUUGUGGCCAUAGCUGCCUCCAAAGUGUACAUACAGUCAUUGCUAGAACAGUUACAUGAUAUGCCACAUCAAGUGGAUCGAAAUGUGGAGCAUGUUCAGGAGAGCAGGGGUGAGGGGACAGCUCCACUAUACCGAAAAGUUGAAGAAGCUGGAGGAGCUCAGCAGAGGCGGUUGCCUCAGCAAGAAAAGAGGGUACCUUACACCUCCACUGGGUGCAACGCAAGCAGCAGCAGCAGCAAAGAUAUUCACGGUUGUGCUGCAUUCCUGGAAGCUAUGGUAAACGAUUCAAGCGAUGAAGAGGAGAUACGUCUGUGGCCUUCCAAGGAGGACAUUGAGAGAGCGAGAGCCCUAGAAGAGGCGCGAGCUGCAGCAAAGCCUUCAGCUGAGCUACAGGAGCAGCAGCAGCAGAUGGAGGCGCGCUGCUCUCGUCUUUUCGAACGGUUACAUGAAAUAACGGACUCUAGCAGGGCAUUCUGCAGUAGCUGCGGCGAGUCAGACACAGAGGCAACGGAAGGAGCAACGCAAGAGGCAACAGGUGCAACAACGGAUGCAGCACCCACGGCAAGGAAACCAUCUGGGCCUCAGCGUAAAGCGCAGAAGGUGGCAGUGGAUCCUGCACGUUUGGAGGAACAACACGCGCUAUUGCAGCAGCUGCAGCAACUGUUUCAGGAGAUAGAUACCGCCUUCAGCAGCAACAAACCGGCGCAUGUCUCGGUCAUGAUUCGCUGCUGCAACGCGCUCCUGCGUGCAGACGGCCUGGCGGUUCUCAAGGCCUGUGCUGAUUGUCAGCCUCUCCACAACGCAGCACAGAGCAUUAUUGAAACUGUGGUGCCAUGUAUUUGGGCCACCUAA